AUGAAGAAGCGGCCAAUCGAUCUAAAGCAGGCUACAACACACUUCAUCCGCGCAGUUCACGAUCUUAAUGCCAACACGGAAUCGUCUGGUAAGGCUAUGAGUUUGCCACGUUGGGCAAGCAUAGACGAGAACGCCAUGGACACAAGGGAGUAUGCCGAAGCCAUGACGACUUGGCUACUCGAGGGCGGCUUCCAGGGACUGAGAGAGCUGUCUAUGAAAGAACUCCCACGCCAAAUGAAUGGCGUGAAUAUGGAAGGCAUGGGGGACGUGGAAGACAUGGAGGGCAUGGAGGACAUCGACGAUGACACAGCCGAGUUCCAGCAGCCAGACGCACCAAAUUCGCCUUGUAUAGAGGUACGAGACGACAAGACGAAGAAGAACAAGAAGGCCAAAGGUCCAGAGAAUUUGACCAAGCAUCAGUUGUUCUUGAAUCGGAUUGGCAAGAUGAAAGAUAUCGACGUCUUCACUCCUCGCUGCAAGGCACUUAUGGAACCCUACAAGGACAUACAGAAGAGAUGCCCUGGGGAGAAGGUCAUGAUAUGGAAUCGUUUCUACAAAAGCCUAGUCAUCAUCGCUGGGGCCAUGUGCCACCGCUAUGAGAUCAAUGUUCCGAUCUUCACAGUGUUGCUCGACACGGAACAGCGAGACAACAUGCUGUACACAUGGCAGGGUUCAUACAUAUCUUCGAAGGUUCCCAUAAGGUUUCAAGCAAAGGCUGGCGGCACUGGACUCAUAUUGGAUGCAGCCUCGCAUAUCAUAUUCUCUAAGCUUUGA